AUGUUGUCUUCAAAGAACCUUGUAUUUCCAUGCUCUGUUCUCAUUUUCGAUUGCGAAAAAGUUGUAGAAUUCCAUAGUUUGGAGAGAAGAGUGAGUGGACGAUUAGCUGCGAUAUACUUUAAUUCUCCCUAUAUCUCUAGGAUAGAGUCAAUAAAAAAGUCAAUAAUUACACAGGAAAAACUUACUAUUCAGUCUGAAAAAAUUGCAUUAGCUAUUGGAGACAGUGAUAGUGAAUUCUUACAAGUAGUCAUGGAUAAUGAUUCAGCCUUACAGGACAAAGCAAUGACUAUAGUUUAUAAACUUGAAAAUGUUCAAAAAGAUAUGAAAAGGCUUAAUGUAGAAUACAAACCACUAGAAAGUAAAGGAACAGAAACUGUAGUUCAGCAUAUGUGUGAGCUUCAAUUGAAACUACAACAGGAAUUCUUUGAAAAACAACAAAGAAGAAAUGAGGAGCAAAUGGAAAUACAACAAAGGUUCUUUGAAGAACAACAUGCUUUAAAACAUAAAAGUUCAAAUACAGUGAAAUUACCCAAAUUGGACAUGAUCUCAUUCAGUGGAAAUCGCCUUCAAUGGACGGAAUUCUGGGAUUCUUUUCGAAGUGCGAUACAUGAAAAUGACAAGCUUUCUCCUAUUGAUAAAUUUAAUUAUUUGAAAGGAAAAAUAGUAGGUGAAGCUAGAAGUGCCAUUGCUGGGCUGACAUUAUCAAAUGAGAAUUAUGAUAUAGCUAUUCAUAUUCUUCGUGAAAGAUUCGGUGACCUCCAGGAUAUAAUUGAUUUACAUUACAAAGGUAUAGUGAAUAUCUUACCACCGAAGAAUACUACAGAAGGAUUAAGAUUCUUUUUCGACAAGAUUGAGCGUCAUUUACGGAGCUUAGAAGUGAUGAAUGAAAAUUUAGACCAACAAGUGUUUGUGUCUAUGAUUAGAAGCAAACUUCCCAGUGAAGUUCUUCUUCAACUUGAAAUACAAAAGGGUGCUGAUACUAAAUGGUGUAUCAAAACGUUACGUGAUUUGCUUCGUAAUUACAUAGUUUCUAGGGAAAAAUCUGACAAACCAAAGUCUUUGAAUGACUCUAGUCAGUAUGUGAAUAAGCAAACAAAUCCUCAUACGAAUAGACAUACGAGCAUGUCAAAUCGUUAUAAAAGCCAGCCACAGACAAACUAUUCUGGAGGAGCAUUAGUUGCGAAUGAGAAAAGGAAAGUUUUACUUCCAUCAGCGACGAUAUGCAGAUACUGUAGAAAAAAUCACUGGAGUGAUGAAUGUAAUAGAUACAAAACUAUUGAAGAAAGAAAGUCAAAGUUAAAAGGAUGCUGCUUUAGAUGUUUAAGAGAAGGGCACACGUCUUCUGACUGUAGAAGUAGUAGAAUAUGUGUAUACUGUGACAAAUCAAAUGUACAUCUUCGAAGUCUUUGCCCGAAAAGGUUUAAAGGAGCUGUAAGGAGAGAAACAGCUAUUGUUUCGAAAGAAACAAUACAAGACAAUAUUGAAACAAACAUACCCAAGCCAGAUUAUAUAACUGAAGAAAAUGCAAUGAUAUCUUCAGGAGAAAUGGUUCUCAUGCAGACAGCUAGGACAGAAAUCUUGAAUUCUCAUAAUAAUAAACGAGCUGAAGUGCGAAUCUUAUUAGACUGUGGAUCACAAAGAACAUAUAUUACGGAAAAACUAGCAGAGAAACUUAAGUUAAAAAAGGAAAAGAUGGAAGAAAUUAAGUUGGUGACCUUUGGUAGCAAAGAUGUAAAGACAGUUCACACACAUUCGACAACGUUACAGCUAAAAUUAAAGAAUGGAGAACAUAUGAGUAUAAGUGCAAACAUUGUUCCUGUCAUAAGUGGAACUAUUCAAAGGAGACAAAUAAACGUUCUAGGAAAAGAUGGCAUCAAGGACAUAAUUCAUAGUGUAGACCUAGCAGACAAUAUUCCAAAGGAAAAUGAAUUUUCAAGUGUUGAGUUAUUAAUAGGAAACGACUUCUAUCUUGAUAUUGUUCUCCCACAAAGAAUAGAAAUUCAAUCUGGAUUAUAUCUACUUGCAUCCAAGUUAGGCUGGCUACUUACAGGAAGAACUGAUGAAAACUCUGACGAAACUGGAAGUGAAACAAAUUUGUUGAUUUUAACAUACGGAGAUUGCCAGACUACAACAAAAAUAUUUCAAUCUACUGAUUCUUCGCUUCCUUUGAAACCAGAACUUGUAGAUCUUUGGAAUACAGAAGCCAUAGGUGUAGUUGAAAAUAAAGAGACAUCUGAAGACAAAGAGGUCAUGGAAGGUUUCAAAGAUACUUUGAAAUUUGAAAACGGAAGAUAUUAUGUCACCUGGCCGUGGAAAGAAGAGAGAAAGGAAUUGUUGCCAGUUAAUAAAGAAUUGUCAUUCGGACGGUUAAAAUCGUGUGUCAAAAGGUUAAGAAACAAACCAGAACUGUUGGAGAAAUAUGAUUCUAUUAUUCAGGAGCAAUUAAGUAAAGGUAUUAUAGAAGAAGUGAAUGAUACCAAAGGUGAUUUGAUACAUUAUAUACCACAUCAUGCAGUGAUAAAUCCACAAAAAUCAACAAAGGUACGAGUAGUUUAUGAUGCUUCAUCAAAAUGUAAACCAGAAUAUAGCAGUUUAAACGAAUGUUUACAUCGAGGACCGGUGAUGCUUCAUGAUUUAUGUGGACUUUUGAUGAGAUUCCGCCUACACAAAAUAGCUAUUAUAGCAGACAUCGAAAAGGCAUUUUUACAAAUAGGUUUGCAAGAAAGUGAACGUGACGUGACAAGAUUUCUGUGGUUAAAAUCAUGUGAAAAACCAAGUACUGACUUGAAAAAUAUUCAAGAAUUUAGAUUUUGUCGAGUUCCGUUCGGCGUGAUCUCGAGCCCAUUUCUACUAGGUGCCACUGUGGAGAGUCAUUUAGAAAGAUAUGAUACAGAUGUAGCUAACAAGAUAAAAAAUGACAUCUAUGUUGACAACGUUGUGACAGGAGUAAAAACAGAAACUGAAGCUAUUGAACUAUAUUUGAAAUCCAAACAAAUAUUCAAGGAUGCCUCCAUGAAUCUUAGAGAAUGGCUUACAAACAGUGAUAAAGUAAAUUCUUCAAUAGCAAAAGAAGACGGAACUGAAAUGAAAGAUACUGGUGUCCUUGGUCAUACUUGGAAUCCUAAGUCUGAUACACUUUCAAUAAGACAGCCUAGGAUACAAAGUGAAAAUAAUUUGACAAAAAGAUUUGUUCUCAAGGUGAUUGCAUCAGUUUUUGAUCCGUUGGGAAUGCUUUCACCUGUAUUGCUUAAAGGUAAAUUAUUGUUACAAAACCUCUGGAAACAAAAUCUCUCAUGGGAUGAUGUGAUAAAAGAUGAAAAAUUUAAAGAGGCGUGGUCAGAUGUCAGAUUAGACAUAUGCAAAAUCUCAGAGUGUUCAUUUCCAAGGUGUCUAUCAAUGGAAAGAAAUGAAAACAUUACCUACAAUUUACUGUGCUUUUGUGAUGCAUCAACGAAGUCGUACGCUACUACUAUCUAUCUCCAUCAGAAAUGUGGUAGUGAAGUGAAAGUCGACCUCGUGUUUGCAAAAACACGACUAGCACCUGUUAAAACAAUGACAGUGCCUCGAUUAGAAUUGAUGGGUGUUUUGACAGGUGUAAGGUGUUUGAAAUUUGUAGAGGAGCAAUUAAAAUUGGAGAUUGAAGGAUCAUACAUUUGGACGGAUUCACAAUGUGUGAUAGGAUGGUUACAAACAACUAAAAAGUUACCUGUGUUUGUGAGUAAUCGAAUCAGAGAAAUAAAAUCAUAUGUUACAACAAAGAUAAGUUACGUAAAAUCAAAAGAAAAUCCAGCAGAUGUUGCAACAAGAGGAGCAACAAUACAUGACUUACGCAAUAACAAACUUUGGUGGUAUGGUCCUCAUUGGCUUUCAGAAUAUUUCGAAUUGUCCUCCGAAACAGCGAAGAGUUUAAAUGAAGAUCCAAAUACGGUUUCUGAGAGCAAACAUGUCGUGGAAAGUAACUCCGAAAACUUUGAAACUGAAUUUCUUGAUGAAGAAAAUCUGUCGAUUGCAUGUACAAUUAAUGAUCAUGACAAUAUUUGUGCUCCAUUUGGGAUAGACAGUACCAAGUUUUCUUCUGUUGACAAAUUGAUUCGUACUACUGCUCUUGCCUCACGAUUCAUUAAGAAAAUUAAAAAGCAAAAGUGUGAAAACCAGUCGUUAACAUCUCAGGAAUUGGAAACGUCGGAAAAUAUGUGGAUCCUAUACCUACAACGAAAAAAUUUCAGUGAAACUAUCUGCGGUAUAUAUAAUCAGAAAAGAACUACCCUACAAAGACAGUUAGGUCUGUUUAUUGAUCCUAAAGGAAUCUUGAGGAGCAAGGGAAGACUUGAAAAUGCAGGAAUAACUGAAGGAGCGAAACAACCGAUCUUGCUUCCGCGUAAUGAGUGGUUUACCUAUCUGAUAAUAGAAAAGGUACAUAAACAAAAUUGUCAUUGUGGAGUUUCUCAAACACUUUCGAAAAUUCGAUAUAAAUUUUGGAUUCCUAAAGGACGUUCAGUUGUUAAAUCAGUGUUAGGUAGGUGUUCGACCUGCCGUUAUUUUGAAGGCGGGCCAUACAAGAUGCCUGCAUUUGCGCCUUUGCCACCUUCCAGAGUUCAGGAAGCACUUCCUUUCUCUAGAGUUGGACUUGACUAUUUUGGUCCGCUGUCGAUAAAAACAAAAGAAGGACCCAAGAAAGUAUGGGUGUGCCUUUUUACGUGUCUCCUUAUCAGAGCUAUUCAUUUGGAGCUUGUACAAGACAUGUCUACGGAGGAAUUCUUACUAGGAUUCAAACGAUUUAUAUCUCAAAGAGGAACACCUGCAGAAAUUAUUAGCGAUAAUGCCUCUCAAUUCAAGGCAGCAAGUCAAACAAUAAAUAGUAUAUGGCGAAAUGUGUGCCAAAGUCAUGAAGUGCAAUCUUACGUAGCCAAUACUAGAAUCAAAUGGAAAUUUAUUGUGGAAUUAGCUCCGUGGAUGGGAGGAGCAUACGAAAGAUUAGUUGGAAUCGUAAAACGAUCUCUUCGUAAAUCUCUAGGACAUAAAUUCCUGACCUUAGUACAAAUGCAAACAUUGUUGAAAGAAGUAGAGGCAACAGUGAAUUCAAGGCCGCUUGUAUAUGUCACCGACGACAUUAACUCGAAUAUUACACUUACACCUAACCAUUUUUUGAGCCUUAACCCGAACUUGGGCAUUCCAGAAAUGGAGACAAAAGACAAAGACAUUGAUUAUUCACCUAGUGAAUGCACAAGUGAUAAAUUACUAGCAAUAUGGAAAAAGGACAAAAUAUUUUAA